CCGGACUCUGUCGUCAGACGGUGCGUCACCCUGUCACCGAUUCUGAAGCAUGGGCGUUUCGUUGCUGCUCCUGCUGCGUGUGCGUCGUGGAUCGUUGCUUCGGGAUUCCCUUGCGGCGUGUAUUGAGUUGCAAAGAAUUGAGAGUUGCGUGGGCUGCUAUGGCGGGGGCGAACAUGGCUUCGAAGCUGCCAGGGUUGGAUCCGUGUGUCUGGAAGGCGGGGGAUUUCAAGGGGGGGUUUGCGUUGCCCCGUGUUGGCAAGUUAGGACCUCGCAGGAGUGGGAGGAGGAGCAUCGUAACGGAGUUGGUGGUGGUGCGAGCUGUGAAAACGGGCCAGGACGUGCCAGGCGUGGCGAAGGAAUGGAGCCCCGCGAGCUGGACGAAGAGGAAGGCGCUGCAGCAGCCUUCGUAUCCCGAUCCGCAGAAGGUAGCGGAGGUUGUGAAGCAGAUGCAAGGAUACCCGCCGCUCGUGUUCGCGGGCGAGGCCCGCAGUCUGGAGGCGCGCCUCGGGGAAGCUGCGCUCGGAAGGGCCUUCUUGCUGCAGGGCGGUGACUGCGCUGAGAGCUUCAAGGAAUUUAACGCCAAUAAUAUUAGGGAUACCUUCCGGUUGCUGCUUCAGAUGAGCGUUGUUCUCAUGUUUGGAGGUCAGGUGCCUGUGGUGAAGGUUGGGAGAAUGGCAGGGCAGUUUGCUAAGCCCAGGUCAUCUGAUUUCGAAGAUGUAAAUGGGGUAUCGUUGCCGAGUUACAGAGGGGAUAAUAUUAACGGCGAUGCACCAGAUUACGAUGCUAGAGUGCCUGAUCCAGCGCGAAUGCUUCGUGCGUACAGCCAGUCCGCUUCAACCCUGAAUCUUCUUCGUGCUUUCGCCACCGGGGGAUUCGCUGCCAUGCAGAGGAUCAAGCACUGGAACCUCGACUUUGCAUCACGCAGUGAACAAGGCGACAGGUAUCGAGAGCUGGCGAAUCGGGUGGAUGAAGCCCUAGGGUUUAUGACUGCAUGUGGAUUGCAUCUGGAUCAUCCGGUGAUGACUACUACCGAAUUUUGGACCUCUCACGAAUGCUUGCUGCUUCCAUACGAGCAGGCAAUGACCCGAGAGGAUUCCACUUCGAGGCUUUGGUAUGAUUGCUCAGCACAUUUUCUGUGGAUGGGUGAGCGAACACGACAGUUAGACGGUGCGCACAUUGAGUUUCUACGAGGGGUUGGGAAUCCCUUGGGAGUGAAGGUAAGUGACAAAAUGGACCCAGGAGAAUUAGUAAAACUAUGUGAGAUUUUAAAUCCACAGAACAAACCAGGUCGGCUAACGGUCAUUGUACGAAUGGGAGCCGAGAAACUACGACAGAAGCUGCCUGCUUUGAUUCGAGCUGUGCGCCAGGCAGGCAUUAUUGUGACAUGGGUCAGCGACCCUAUGCAUGGAAAUACUAUAAAGGCACCUUCGGGACUCAAAACCCGUCCCUUCGAUGCCAUUUUGGAAGAAGUGAAGGCCUUCUUUGAUGUGCACGACCAAGAAGGCACGCAUGCAGGAGGAGUCCAUCUGGAAAUGACAGGCCAAAAUGUCACGGAAUGUGUGGGAGGCGGCCGCACUGUUACCUUUGACGAUCUAAGCUCCCGCUACCACACACAUUGUGACCCCAGAUUGAACGCUUCUCAAUCUCUGGAGUUGGCCUUCAUCAUUGCUGAGCGUCUCCGCAAGAGACGCAUAGCUCCCGUUAUGGACAAGGAGAUUUUAUCAUUGAGCAGUGGGAAAGGAAUCGUCCUAUAAAAGCAUGAUCGCGUAUGGUUCCUUUUAUGUACAUAUGGAUACUUUUGUGUCUUAUUUUAUAGGGAUGCACUGCAGCAGUGGCUGUUACGUCCAAUACUUCAACCUUUUUCCAGGAGAGUUGUUAAAUGGAUACGUUGUUGAUCGAACUUGGGAGUUUUCAACGUUUCCGUAGAGGUUUUGUAGCAGUUCAGUGAGUUCUUUUGUCGGGUCCAGCUUUGAACAGCUGGUCGGAGGAGUUUAUCUUCGAUCUUGUCAUGCACGAUAUUGUUCGUAGGGCUUCAGUCUCUCAUUCGCAAUUCAUUUACGGUAUGAAAUUAGUAGCGCGUAUAUAUAAUGCCAGACUAAGUUGUCCAAGAACUGCUGGUAUUUAAGCUUUGAAUCUUUAGUGCGUUUAUAACUCUUUGAGGAAUAGUUAUUUGGGAGGUCUGUGGAUUAGAUGUUAGUGGAGGCAUAGCGAGGAAUAGUACAUGCUUACAGAUCAUAGCAUGAUGAACAGAAGACGGAAACAUUAAAAUGCAGUGCAGCAGGGAUAGUGUACAGCACUGGCAAAUGUUGUUGCUCAAGUUUACAAAAAAUUGAAUUUCAAGUUGAAACUA